CACAAUGGCAGACUCCUCGAGCUCUGCUGUGCCCUCGGGCACUGGCAAGCCCCAGGCGGCCCCGAAGCCGCCUAACCCAGCGUUCAAAAUGAUGGGUCUCCCUAAUAUGCGGUUCAAACUGCCCUCUCGCAACUGGAUGAUCUUCCUUACUAUCACUGGAUCAUUCACCGGUGCUCUUAUAUACGAUCGUCGGGAGAAGCGUCGCGUACAACAAAAGUGGUCGGAGCUCGUGGCCCAUAUUUCGAAAGAAACUCUACCAAUCGACCAGAUGCGCCGGAAAAUGACGGUAUACUUGGCUGCGCCACCAGGAGAUGGUCUGCGUGUGGCCCGGGAUCACUUCAAGGAAUAUGUCAAACCAAUCCUGGUGGCGGCGGCGUUGGAUUACACAGUGGUCGAAGGGCGACGUGAGGGCGACGUGAGAGCCAACACGGCGGAAAACAUUCGCAAGCUGCGCCGAAAGGCCGGAGAGCCCAGCUCGGCCGUCGAAGAGGUCGGUGUGGAUGCAGUCGUUGCUGCUACCCGGGAACACAUUGGAGUCACUGAUGAGCCGGGCCCCAAGGGCGACUUGGUCAUCGGCCGACACACCUGGAAGGAAUAUAUCCGGGGCUUGCACGAGGGAUGGCUUGGCCCGUUGGAUGCGCCAGCCCCGCCUCCGGAGGAGUUGACGGCGGAUACAUCGAAGGACGUCAGUGCGGAGAAACCCGCUAGUCUCGCGAAUCCCGAGAUUGCGAGCAUCGAUUCUCCCGAGUUCUCUGAAGAGAAAAAAGAUGAGAUCCCUGAGCCUAAGAUCGAAGAGCCCGAGAAGGAAGAGGAGACGAAAGAAGAGAAGCCUGCUAAGCCAGCCGGUCCUACUCCCGCAUACAUCUACCCCAGCGAAUACUCGUCCGCCAUCCUCCCCCAAACUCUCCCCCAGUCCUUCGACAGCUCCACCCCAGUCGAAUUCCCCCAUCUCCUUGGCUUCCUAAACACCCCGAUCCGAGUCUACCGCUUCCUCACACAACGUUACCUUGCCGAGGAAGUCGGGCGCGAUGUUGCCGCACUUGUCCUCGCGAACAGCGCACGGCCAUACCGCGAAAACGCCCUCAGUGCUGACUCCGAGCCCACUGCUGCCAGCGUUGACUCCACCCUUUCUACUGACAACUCGUUCACCGACCUCCCCCCUCGCAACUAUGAGCAGCAGACCGUAAUGGAGGCUGCUGAAAGUGAGUGGCACAAGUCAGUGCACAAGCGCGACGAAGACGGGAAUGUGAAGGAGCGUGAGUGGCUCGAUGAUAUCGUGCUUGAUCAGCGCAUUGCCUCGCGCAUGCAGCGCGCCACCCUUUCUCCGGAAGAUGAAGCACGCUCUCAACGCAUCGCUGAGCAACAGGAAUACAUUCUUGGCGAGGAGCGGCCGGCUCCCGUGCCUUUCUGGAAGCGCAUGUGGGUCGAUUACGGCUAUGGCGAGAGUGACGAGGUCCUCAGACGUAAGCCCAUCUUGGGUAACAUCGAUGGAGAAGAGUGA